AUGUCUGCGCAAAAAUCUAAAGAAUUGCGUCGUCUUCUUUCUAAGACUUUGCAACAACGUCAGCAACAAGCUUCAACUUCAUCAAAAGUUAAUCAUCCUUCAGCAAAAUAUGAUAACAAUAAUAGACUAAUUUGUAUUGAAUGUUCGAUCCCUGUUAAAAAUUCUUCAUUAUGGAAAGCACAUUUGGCUGGUUCAGGGCAUAAAGAGGCUUUGAAAAGAUCAAAAGGUGUAAAAGAAAAAGUAUCGGGAUCUUCAACCCAAUCUAAAAUAAAUAAUAAAAUUGAGAAAACACCAGAAAAUUAUAAGAAAAGGUCUAUAGGAUCGGAAAGUGAUAAGAUUUCCUCCGGAAAGGUCACAAGUGAUAUGAACUUGAAGGGGUUGAUCAAUUAUGGUUCCGAAAGUGAAGUAGAGAAUAAUAAUGACCAAACUAUUACAAGGAUCAAAAGAGUCAAGAAUUCGAAGAAGGAUUCGGUGGAAUUAUUAGAUAAUCCACUUCCAGCUGACUUCUUUGAUGAUUCAUCUAAAAAUCCAGUAAUUACUACUCAAGAAGAAACUAUUCGUGAAAUCGAUGAAGAAGAAUGGAUGCGAUUUCAAAAACUCAUAUCUAAAGAAACAGAAGUUAGUAAUCAAAUUGCAUUUGCAGAUGAAGAAGAAUUACAACGUGAUAGGGAUGAAAUGUUAGAACGUGAACAAGAAAUGUGUUUUAUGAGAUCUGAACGACUGAAAGAGGCUGUUAACCGCGUUAAAGAAAGCAAGGAAAAUAAUAUGGUUUUAGACGAAAGUGUCAAGGAGGAAUUAAGUGAAAGCGAUGAAGAUGAGGAUAUAAGUGAAGAUUAUGAAGACGGAUGGAUGGAUUGGAGAGCACAGAGAAUUAUAUAA